AUGGCUAUGAAUUAUUUAUAAAAAGUUUUUAUUUAGAAUAAAAUUAUUUUAGGCAUAUAUGACAAAAAUCAUUUUGAUUGGCAUGACCCUAAAAGAAAUGACCUCAUGUACUUAUCCACUAUCAGUAUGAUCUAUUCUUUAAUAUCAAGGAAAUUAAAAUAAAUUACGAUCCAUCUCUUAGGACUAUAAAUAUACAACUAACUUACAAAAAAAAACAUAUUAUAACAAAGAAACCUUUAUUAAUAAAGUUGAUGACAUUCCUAUAAAAAAUAACAAAUUUGAAGCAGUUAGAGAAAGUCUCUAUAUAGAUGAUAUUGCUGUAAAUAAUUAAAUUCAAAUUUAGGGAACUAGACCCCAAAUUGCAAAGUUUAAAACAACUAGAGAAACUAACCCAGUUGAACCUAUAUACAAAAUUCCUUCAUAUUAAGGAGCUGAUGUUCAUUAACCCAACAAAUUUAUUAGAGACACAUUAAAUAUAUCAGAUAUUCAAGGAACUGUCCCAAAAAUUAAGAUCUAUAAUCCAAGGAAUGUAGAUCCAUACACUUUUAUUGAAGGCUCUAAACCUAAAUAAUUAAGACAUAUUAUUAAUCCUUAGGAAGAAUAAGACAUGAAGAGAGCCUCAAAUAGACAAGUUAAUCCUCUCUAACCUUUUUAUAAAUGGGGUGAGGAGAUUAUAGGACCUGUGGAAGGAUCGCAGCCUUUUAAUCAUUGCAAGGACAGAAAUAAAUUGAAAAGUCUUUCUUUGUAUACUAAAGACAUAACGGAGCUUAAUCGGACACUGUAAAGAAAAUCCCAAAAGAAUCUUAGAAGCUAACAAAUAAUACAUAAGAUAUAUAUAGAGCAUAAGCUGAUACUAUAUAAAGGGGAAUGUAAACAAAGAGACAAACUAAUCCUUUGCAACCUGCUUACUAAUUAUUAGGAUAAAGUGAACUAUACAACAUGCAAUUCAAAUGA